AUGUUUGGAGCAUCGAAAAAGCCAUUCUCGGCCGUCACAGUCCAGAUCGACCGCUUGACAGGCGAGCAGUACGAAGAGGACGAUGUCAGCGGUAUCAUAGAUCUCGUCGAGGUCAUUCGCAUCCAGGAGUCAGGCCCGACCGAGGCGGCGAGAGCGCUUCGCAAGAAACUGUACAUCAGGGCACUUGUGAUCCUCGAUGGACUAAUACAGAACGCCGGAACUCGCUUCCAGCGGGCCUUCGCUGAUGAGCCACUUUUAGAACGACUGCGCCUUAUGCCUCGCGAGGAGACCGUAGACCCCGAAGUGCGUCAGAAGUGUAAGGUACUAUUCGUACAGUGGGCAAAUGCCUACAAGAACACGCCCGGCCUUUCGCAGGUAGCGAACCUCUACAAGGAGCUACCCAAGACUCAGCGUCCAGCAGCGGCCCGUCAAAAAGUCCUACAGGAUACCGAGCUUCACCACGACGAGGAGGACGAGAUGCCACACGUGCACCCAACGCCCGCUCCAGCCACCCACAGCCGUUCUUCAUCAAGCGUGCAAACGCACACUACACCUUCCAGACCUGUCACGCUUACGCCAUCAUCUUCCGGCUUUUCCAAAGGCUUAGCGAAAGGCAAAGGCAUGUUCGGCUCCAGCAAAGGCGGCUUCAACCUCGCCAAGGAGAAAGACAACAUGACCAACUGCAUUGCCAGAGCUUCCAUUGCCUCCACUAACCUCAUCAACGGCCUGCAGCUGGUCAAUCGCGAGAGCCAACGAGUGUCUGAAAACAUGGAAGUCCGCAAUCGCUUCGAGACGUGCAAGACUCUGCGGCGUCAAAUUCUGCUGUACAUUCAGCACGUCGAGUCCGACGAAUGGAUCGGUAGCCUUGUGAACGCCAACGACGAGCUCGUGAAGGCGCUCACGGCAUACGAGAUCAUGGACCGGAGCAUCGACGAUGACAGUGACAGUGAUCUGGACAGCAUCACCGCUACUUUACCAAAGCACGCCCGGCAUAUCUCAUCGGAUACGCAGGCCCAGCUCGAAGGCUUGUCGUUGGCAGAGAAAGCGUCAGCACCUCCUGUGAAGCCACCUAGACCGGCACCGGCGCCGGCAAGCAUACCGAUGCCAGCCAAGCCAACGUUUGCGCCCAAACCUAGCAACAACGAUGAAGACGAGGACGACCCCUUUGGUGAUGCUAAUGCGGCGCCGACACCCCAACUGGAGAGACCGGGUAUGACGUGGAGACAGGUAUAA